CACUAAAACAGAUGGCGCUAUUCUGCUGUCAUUUUUUAGCAAAGCAAAACAGUGGGGUUUGUUAUUGGCAGAGAUUGGUUAUUGAAGUCUCUAAUUUAGAGAUGCUGGAUUUAGUUAAAUAAAAACAACAAUGAGUGCCGCACAAUACACUAGAGACCACAUAAAACUAUCAGUAGGAAAAAUAUUACAGACGCUGGGAUGGCAUUCAAUAAACUCCACUCCUCUGGAAGUUCUAACUGAUGUUUUGGCCAGAUUCCUAUCACAACUCACUAAAUUAACCAACGACUACGCAAAUGAAUUUGGUCAAACUGACGCGAAUUUGGAUCAUUUGGGUCUGGCGUUUCGAGAAAUGGGGAUAAGCAUAGGAGAGUUAGAAGAAUAUGUCACUUACGUUAACUUCAGCCCCCCUCCAGCUUUAGUACCGAAAUACCCAAUUCCCAAGGAGAACAAUUUGAACUUUCUUAAACCUGGCAGUAAAGAGGUUGUUACUAGGCCUGUACACAUCCACGAGCACUUACCGCCUAUGUACCCUUUGCUCGAAGGGGCUGAAAAUGAUGUGGAAAAUGUGGAAGUCAAAAAGGAGGCCGGCGAAGAAACCACAGAAAAUGGACAAGUUUUUAAAAAGCCUGCUGAUGUUUCUCCCACUGAGUUUAAGAGGUCAAGGCGGGAAGAUGAGGGAAGUAGCCGGCCAACUCGCGAAAUUAGCAGCGUCAUGAUGACCACUUCCGGCUUUCUGUCGCCGGCUAGAGAAGGCAAGUUGCCGGAAGCCAAGGCGCCCAUACAGACUGUAAUUGAGCCGGCAUUGCCAAAUCCAGCUCCUAUAAUACCGGCGGAAGUGGCGGAAUUGCCAAUGAAAAAAAUUCCGAAAGUAAACAACAGAAAAGUGGACAGAAAGAAGGAUAGAAUCGGGAAGGAGUUGUUUAAGCCGUUUGUUGAUGAGAAAGUUACCAGGAAAUCGCCGAAUAUAACGAAGGAGAAAAUUAAAAAAAUCAAAAACUCGAAUUUGGUGCCCAGUGAUAUGGGAAUGGAUAAAGUAAUUCCAGUGAGCAGCGCUAAAGCGGCGAAAAUUAAUAAAACUUUGGCAGAUGCCAGGAUGAAAACGGAGAAAUUAAAUACCACAAUAACGCCUAUACCUAUGAAGGCUGAGCCGGUACCAGCUGGAACUCCGCUUGGCAUCGACAAAAUCAACACCGAACCUGACAGAAAGAAGGUGAACAUUUUCAAGAAAAUAUCGAAUGUCAAAAACGAAAAGCACGACAUUAAGAGUUUGAAAAAAGAGGAAGCGCGCUCCAGAGGCGGCUCUCCGAACUUGGUAAUCGAUGAACGCGAAGAGUUAUCAUCGAAAAACAUACCGACCUUACCGGGCGACGUCACCAUCGAACCGAUACCCGCUAAUUCGAUGAAGAGUCCAGAAAAAUUGGACUUUUUCGACGACGGCUCCCCACCGGGCACCCCCUCCACUCCGAAAACCCCAGAAAUGAUCUCGCACAGCCCGCCGCUCGUCAAGGAGAAGAGGAAGAGGAAGGAAGGCAAAAAAGUCAAAAAGGUUCAGAAGCAGCAUGAUGAUCAAUUUAUGGACCUGGAACGACCAAAAACGCCGGAAGCGGAAAUAUUAAGGGGGCUGCCUUUUCCAUUUAUACCAAUAUUGGGAGGGCCAGGUUUGAUCCCCAAUCCAAUGAAUAAUAUGAACCCUCUCUUCCCAUUCCCGCAGCUGCACAAUUUCGGAAAGAAUCCCUUAUUUCCUAACCCGUACGGUUUACCCUCGAUGAUGAAUAACCCCGUGCCGCCCCCCUCCAAUCAUCCGCCCGCCAAAAUCGAGGAACCCGUUGCUAAGCAACCGAAGCUAGAGCCUGUUGCGCAGGCGCCGCCUCAGGAAAUCACCGAAGUAAUAUCCGUUGACCCCAAUGUCGAUGUAAAAUUGGAGAAAAAGGGCAAGGAGCACAAAAAAGAGAAGAAAGAUAAGAUUAAGAAGAAGAACAAGAAGGAUAAAGUUAAAGAUAAGGCAGAGAAGAAGAAGUUGAAAGAGGAGAAGAAGGUGAAGGAGAAAAUCAAGAAGGAGAAAAAAGAGAAGAAGAAGGAUAAGGAGGUUAGGGAAGGUGAAAGUCCUGUGCCAAAGUUGUUCCUUAAGUUGGGUUCCCAAUCGCCAAGACCGGAGACUCCAGAAACCACGAGGAAAUUAAAUAUUAAACCAAUCGUCAAGAAGGACGAGGAGGCUGUUCCCGAAGAAAGGGCGACUUCUCCAGGUUUGGCGAAAAUAUCCGCACUGGUUACAGGCCCUCCAAAACCUAAAACAACACAACCAGCCCCGGCUCCGUCCCUCCCGUCAACUUAUAAUGACAUGUAUCCCAGUCCCGAGAAGAAAAACAUUUUUAAACCUAUACCUAAACUAAGAACAAAAGAUUUGAAACCCGUUUCUCCUGAGCCGCCACCGGUUGUAAACCAAUUAACUCCGGCUAUGUAUGUUGUAACUGACCCAAUAGUACCUGAAGAAAGUCAAAAUCCUGUGGUGCCUGUGCCUAAAGUAAGUCCAGGUCCUGGCAGGCCCAGGCUGAAUCCGCUGAAACCGAAAACAUCGCCUGCUAAGCCCAAAAAAAGGCGCUCUUCAGUGAAGAAAACCGAUGCGCAGGGUAAUCAAGUGUGGAUAUGCCCUGCUUGUAACAAACAAGACGAUGGCAGUCCUAUGAUUGGAUGCGAUGGCUGUGAUGCCUGGUACCAUUGGGUUUGCGUAAGAAUUCAAGUCCCCCCAGAUGAAAAUGAAAAUUGGUACUGCAAACAUUGUCUGCCUAAAAAUAAUGAAGAUUUAGGCGCAGACAAAAAGAAAAAACGAAAGAAAAAAGAAAAGAAAGAACAUUAAAAAUUUUACAGGGUUUUACCUAAAUAUAUAUAAUUAUUUAUUAUAUGAUUUUUACCAUUGUUAUUCAACAAUUUUAUUCAUUAUUAUAUAAUCAAAGUAUAAAUAAAAUAAUUUGUUUUACAUU